AGUGGUCUGGAGAUGAGAAAGUGGAUGGACGAGCUCUUCCCCAUCAUCAUGGACAUGCUUCAGGACUCGUCCUCAUUGGCUAAGAGACAGGUGGCGCUGUGGACCCUGGGGCAGCAGGUGGCCAGCACGGGCUACGUCGUGGAGCCGUACCGCAAGUACCCCUCGCUGCUGGAGGUGCUGCUCAACUUCCUGAAGACGGAGCAGAACCAGGGCAUCAGGAGAGAGGCCAUUCGGGUGCUGGGCCUGCUGGGAGCCCUGGACCCCUACAAGCACAAGGUGAACAUCGGCAUGAUUGACCAAUCACGCGACGCCUCCGCUGUCAGCCUGUCAGAGUCCAAGUCCAGCCAGGACUCUGCGGACUACAGCACCAGCGAGAUGCUGGUGAACAUGGGCAACCUGCCGCUGGACGAGUUCUACCCGGCGGUGGCCAUCGUCACGCUCAUGCGCAUCCUGCGCGACCCCUCGCUCUCCAACCACCACACCAUGGUCGUGCAGGCCGUCACCUUCAUCUUCAAGUCCCUGGGGCUCAAGUGCGUGCAGUUCCUGCCGCAGGUCAUGCCCACCUUCCUCAACGUCAUCCGCGUCUGCGACGCCAACAUCCGAGAGUUUCUCUUUCAGCAGCUGGGGAUGCUGGUGUGCUUCGUGAAGAUCCACAUCCGCCCCUACAUGGACGACAUCUUCACCCUCAUCAGAGAGUACUGGACGCCCAACAACCCCAUGCAGAACACCAUCAUCCUGCUGAUCGAGCAGAUCGUGGUGGCGCUGGGGGGGGAGUUCAAGCUGUACCUGCCCCAGCUCAUCCCCCACAUGCUGCGCGUCUUCAUGCACGACAACAGCACCGGCCGCAGCGUCACCAUCAAGCUCCUCAAUGCGAUUCAGCUGUUUGGUGCGAACCUGGAUGAUUACCUCCACCUGCUGCUGCCCCCCAUAGUGAAGCUGUUUGAUGCUCCGGACGUGCCUCUGCAGGCCCGCAAGGUUUCCUUGGAGACGCUGGACCGGCUGACGGAGUCUCUGGACUUCACAGACUACGCCUCGCGGAUCAUCCACCCGAUCGUGCGCACGCUGGACGGGACCCCCGAGCUGCGCACCACCUCCAUGGACACCCUGUCCUCUCUGGUCUUCCAGCUGGGGAAGAAGUACCAGAUCUUCAUCCCCAUGGUGAACAAAGUGAUGCUGAAGCACAGGGUGAACCACCAGCGCUACGACGUCCUCAUCUGUCGCAUCGUCAAGGGGUACACACUGGCAGAGGAGGAGGAGGACCCCCUGAUCUUCCAGCACCGGCACCUGCGCGGUAACCAGGGCGACGCGCUGGUCAGCGGGCCGGUGGAGUCCGGGCCCAUGAAGAAGCUGCACGUCAGCACCUCGGCACUGCAGAAGGCCUGGGGGGCGGCCAGGAAGGUGUCGAAGGACGACUGGCUGGAGUGGCUGCGGCGCCUGAGCGUGGUGCUGCUGAAGGAGUCCUCUUCCCCCGCCCUGCGCUCCUGCUGGUCCCUCGCCCAGACCUACAUCCCAUUGGCCAGGGACCUGUUCAACGCGGCCUUCCUGUCGUGCUGGUCGGAGCUGAGCGAGGAUCAGCAGGACGAGCUGAUCCACAGCAUCGAGCUGGCGCUCACCUCGCAGGACAUCGCCGAGGUCACCCAGACGCUGCUCAACCUGGCCGAGUUCAUGGAGCACAGCGACAAGGGCCCGCUUCCUCUGCGGGACGACAACGGCAUCGUGUUGCUAGGGGAACGGGCGGCGAAGUGCCGCGCCUACGCCAAGGCGCUGCACUACAAGGAGCUGGAGUUCCAGAAGGGCCCGUCGCCCCUGAUCCUGGAGGCGCUCAUCAGCAUAAACAACAAGCUGCAGCAGCCGGAAGCAGCGGCGGGGGUCUUGGAGUACGCCAUGAAGCACUUUGGGGAGCUGGAGAUCCAGGCGACCUGGUACGAGAAGCUGCACGAGUGGGAGGACGCUCUGGUGGCCUACGACAAGAAGAUCGACAUGAACAAGGAGGACCCCGAGCUCAUCCUGGGCCGCAUGCGCUGCCUGGAGGCGCUGGGGGAGUGGGGCCAGUUGCACCAGCAGUGCUGUGAAGAGUGGACCCUGGUGAGCGAGGAGACCCAGGCCAAGAUGGCCCGCAUGGCUGCCGCUGCUGCGUGGGGCCUGGGACACUGGGACAGCAUGGAGGAGUACACCUGCAUGAUUCCCCGAGACACGCACGACGGCGCCUUCUACAGGGCGGUGCUGGCACUGCACCAGGACCUCUUCUCAUUGGCCCAGCAGUGCAUCGAUAAGGCCAGAGACCUGCUGGACGCGGAGCUGACCGCCAUGGCGGGGGAGAGCUACAGCCGAGCCUAUGGGGCCAUGGUGUCGUGCCAGAUGCUGUCGGAGCUGGAGGAGGUGAUCCAGUACAAGCUGGUUCCUGAGAGGAGGGAGAUCAUCCGGGAGACCUGGUGGGAGAGGCUGCAGGGCUGCCAGCGCAUCGUGGAGGACUGGCAGCGGAUCCUGAUGGUGCGCUCGCUGGUCAUCAACCCCCACGAGGACAUGCGCACCUGGCUCAAGUACGCCAGCCUGUGCGGCAAGAGCGGCCGACUGGCCCUGGCCCACAAGACCCUGGUCCUGCUGCUGGGAGUGGACCCUUCCAAACAGCUGGACCACCCCCUGCCCACCGCCCACCCCCACGUCACCUACGCCUACAUGAAGUACAUGUGGAAGAGCACACGCAAGAUCGACGCGUUCCAGCACAUGCAGCACUUUGUGCAGGGCAUGCAGCAGCAGGCGCAGCACGCCAUCGCAGCCGAGGACCAGCAACACAAACAGGAGCUGCACAAGCUUAUGGCCAGGUGUUUCCUCAAGCUGGGCGAGUGGCAGCUCAGCCUGCAGGGCAUCAACGAGAGCACCAUCCCCAAAGUGCUGCAGUACUACAGCCACUCCACCGAGCACGACCGCAACUGGUACAAGGCCUGGCACGCCUGGGCGGUGAUGAACUUCGAGGCAGUGCUGCACUAUAAGCACCAGAACCAGGGCCGCGACGAGAAGAAGAAGCUGCGGCACGCCAGCGGCAACAGCGGCAACAGCGAGGCCAGCAAGAGCGACAGCGAGGCGGACAGCUCCGAGCACAGCCCCGUGCCCUCGCCCGGCCAGAAGAAGGUCAACGAGGACCUUUCCAAAACGCUGCUGCUGUACACCGUCCCUGCAGUCCAGGGCUUUUUCCGAUCCAUCUCCCUCUCUCGCGGGAAUAACCUGCAGGACACCCUCAGGGUCCUUACGCUGUGGUUCGACUAUGGCCAUUGGCCCGAGGUCAACGAGGCCCUGGUGGAGGGCAUCAAAACCAUCCAGAUCGACACCUGGCUACAGGUGAUCCCUCAGCUGAUCGCCCGCAUCGACACGCCCCGGGCCCUGGUGGGCCGCCUCAUCCACCAGCUGCUGACGGACAUCGGGCGCUACCACCCCCAGGCGCUGAUCUACCCGCUUACCGUGGCCUCCAAGUCCACCACCACCGCCCGCCACAACGCUGCCAACAAGAUCCUGAAGAACAUGUGUGAGCACUGCAACACGCUGGUCCAGCAAGCCAUCAUGGUGAGCGAGGAGCUGAUCCGGGUGGCCAUCCUGUGGCACGAGAUGUGGCACGAGGGCCUGGAGGAGGCGUCCCGCCUCUACUUCGGCGACCGCAACGUGAAGGGCAUGUUCGCCGUGCUGGAGCCGCUGCACGCCAUGAUGGAGAGGGGGCCCCAGACCCUCAAGGAGACCUCCUUCAACCAGGCGUACGGGCGGGACCUGAUGGAGGCACAGGACUGGUGCAGGAAGUACAUGCGGUCGGGGAACGUGAAGGACCUGACGCAGGCCUGGGACCUGUACUACCACGUCUUCCGCCGGAUCUCCAAGCAGCUGCCCCAGCUCACCUCCCUGGAGCUGCAGUACGUCUCCCCCAAACUGCUGAUGUGCCGGGACCUGGAGCUGGCCGUCCCCGGGACCUACGACCCCAACCAGCCCAUCAUCCGCAUCCAGUCCAUCGCCCCGUCCCUGCAGGUCAUCACCUCCAAGCAGAGGCCCCGCAAGCUCACCAUCAUGGGCAGCAACGGGCACGAGUUCAUGUUCCUGCUGAAGGGGCACGAGGACCUGCGGCAGGACGAGAGGGUCAUGCAGCUCUUCGGAUUGGUCAACACGCUGCUGGCCAAUGACCCCGCCUCCCUGCGCAAGAACCUCAGCAUCCAGCGCUACGCGGUGAUUCCGCUCUCUACGAACUCCGGGCUGAUUGGCUGGGUGCCGCACUGCGACACGCUCCACGCUCUGAUCAGGGACUACAGGGAAAAGAAGAAGAUCCUUCUGAAUAUCGAACACCGCAUCAUGCUGAGGAUGGCGCCGGACUACGACCACCUGACGCUGAUGGAGAAGGUGGAGGUGUUCGAGCACGCGGUCAACAACACGGCCGGAGACGACCUGGCCAAGCUGCUCUGGCUGAAGAGCCCCAGCUCAGAGGUGUGGUUCGACCGGCGGACGAAUUACACGCGCUCCCUGGCUGUGAUGUCAAUGGUGGGCUACAUCCUGGGCCUGGGAGACAGACACCCCUCCAACCUGAUGUUGGACCGACUGAGCGGGAAGAUCCUACACAUCGACUUCGGUGAUUGUUUUGAAGUUGCCAUGACGAGAGAGAAAUUCCCAGAGAAGAUUCCUUUCAGGCUGACCAGAAUGCUCACUAAUGCCAUGGAGGUGACCGGGCUGGACGGGAACUACAGGAUCACGUGUCACACGGUCAUGGAGGUCCUGAGGGAGCACAGGGACAGCGUCAUGGCCGUGCUGGAGGCCUUCGUCUACGACCCGCUGCUCAACUGGAGGCUGAUGGACACCAAUCCUAAAGGGACCAAGCGCUCCAGGACCAGGACGGACUCCUACACCGCGGGACAGUCAGUCGAGGCCCUGGAGGGAAUAGAUCUUGGGGAAACCACGCACAAGAAACCAGGAACCACGGUGCCUGAAUCCAUUCAUUCCUUCAUCGGAGACGGCCUUGUGCAGCCAGAAGCCUUGAACAAAAAAGCCAUCCAGAUCAUCAACCGAGUGCGCGACAAGCUGACCGGGCGUGACUUCUCCCACGACGAAACCCUGGACGUCCCGACCCAGGUGGAGCUGCUCAUCAAGCAGGCCACAUCACAUGAGAACCUGUGCCAAUGCUACAUCGGAUGGUGUCCAUUUUGGUAGAGAAGGCCAUUGAUUCUCCACGUGCUUUUAGUGUCAUUUCCGUUUCCUAACACUUUCUAUGGAAGCCAUGUUUGUUACCAUACUCUGCCACAGACCAGGUCACAUUAGUGUGGCUUCUGAAAUGUACCUUGACUUUCAUUUGCCAAUAAUGACAAAGUCUAAAUUUAAGUAGGAGUUAUGUAAUAUCAAUGAGAGAUAUUUAACAUAUUGAUUUGGGGCAAUGUAUGCGAAGAUUUCUUUGGCAAUAAAUAGAAAAAAGGCAAUCAUUGUUUUGUGUGUUUAAUAAAAAUGUGUAAAAAAUAAAAUAAAUUCAAAUAAAUUAAA